GAGAUUAACAGUACUUAUAUAUAGACUUAAACGUUAAUAGUUGAAAUUAGAAUAUUGGACUAAUAAUUAAUAGUUGCAUUAACACAGCUGGAAUCAGGAUAUCAAGAGAGAAGGCCUAUCCACUGUAUAGCAACCAGCCAGUAUGGCUAACAGAAGGCCUCUCGAGGCUGCACGGCAUGGAGAUAUAAAGAGUUUACAGGAACUGCUGACUGCCGGGGAGUGCGACAUCAAUGUCCGGGACUGGUAUGGACGGACACCACUUUACUUGGCUGGCCUUGAAGGCCACACACAAUGUGUCCAGCUUCUCCUCCAAAACGGGGCGGAUACCAGUAUACAGGAUGAGGAGGGAAAGACACCGAAAACGCUGGCAGAAGAGAGAGGACACGCUGGCAUAGCAGAGCAGUUGAGGCGUAUAGAAAUACUAGACAUGCAGGGGUAUGUACAUACCAAGACUUUGGAGCACCUUGCUAAAAUAUUAGAACCUGCUGAAUAUACCUUCAUUAACCAGACCAACCUGAGCUCGAACUUCCCUGAUGUCUUUCAAUUCCAAAAAGUUCAGGAACUGAAAGUGUGGGCCACCAAGAACAAUUGUACAAAUAUUAGAGAUUUAAAGGCUGGGUUACAGGCUGCAAACCAAGCACGACUUUCCAGAGCGGCAGUGGACUAUUACGCUGAGGUGGUGAAAGUAAUUUCAAAUAUGGCUUCUGAUGAAUUUGAAGCACUCUGUAGAACCCUGGUCACUGCGAAGCACAUGUACAUAUCCGGUGCUACAGCCGCUGACCAGCAAGAUACGAGUUCUUCAUUGGAGCCCAUUCGCUACGACGCAUUUAUUGCCCACAGCAGCGAAGACAAAGCCGUCGUGGAACCAGUGAUAGAGCAACUAGAGGAACAAGGAGUUCAGUGCUGCUAUGGCAUACGUGACUUCCACCCAGGGAAGUCUCUCGUAACGUCUAUGGGAGAAGCGGUUUAUGAAUCAAAACGAACUGUUGUCUUCCUGUCCAAGAGCUUUAUGGAGAGCCCGUUUUGUGCAAAGGAACGGGAGUUUGCCAUACAUAAAGCUUCGGAAUCAGGUGAAGAUGUCGUCAUUCCGGUCCUAAUGGAUCUCCUUCCACAACAAAUCCCCGUCGAGUUCAAACCCCUGAAAUACAUUCUAGUCAGUGACAGAGAGUUGAUUCCAAAGUUGGUUCAAAUCAUUAAAGGUCCAACAGAGUCUCCAACGUACGGGAAUCUUCGGAAUGCGCUUCGGGAUGCACAUGAACAAAUCGCAUUUCUACGAGACGAGAACAGAGAGCUGCAGGCAAAAAUCCGCCAAAACCUUCAACAACACGUAAUUUGAAUUGCCUUUCCAUCAUAGUUACCAGUACAGGCGGUUAAAGAUUACACACUGAAUAUAACUUUGACAGUUGUUUGAUGUAAUCCAUAACGUAAAUUGACGACCACAUGAUGUGACCACAAGCUAAUGUUUUAUAUUAGAUGUUGUCUUGUGUAAACUUAAGAAUAACAUUGUAAUGCAACCUGGCAUGAUUCCGGGGAACUUCAGUAUAAGUCAGAGACUAAGGACCGUUAAUGCAGUUUUAGUAUAGUAACACCAAGUGUAUUGCAAUUGUUAAUGUUUACAGCUUCUAGACUCAGAAAAUUACUCAAAAGCAAAUGUUUUACAUUUUUGGGCAUUUAACAUGCUAAUGCACUUUUUUAUAUUCAGUUUAAACAAUAUAGACGCGGUGCAGAUUAUUUUUUUAAAUUCAAAUUCAGUUUGAAGCUGGCUUGAUUUGCUAUAUGUGUCUCGCACCAUAUAGUACUAUGUUUAUUACCAGCGAUUAAAUUUUGAUGUAAGGAAAUAAUACGUCAUGAUUAUUUACGCUUUUUUAUUUUAUAGUAGGUCCAAUUAUUGUAAAUAAGUAUUGUGUUAUCGUACCAUGGUCUUUAUUAUGCGCAUGAUGUAUUUUACUUCAUUUUCGACGAUGUUAUGAAUAUAAAUGUUUCUAUUAAGUGUUUGCUUAACAGUUAUGAUUUAGUAAAUACGUCUUAUUAUUAUUUUUAUUAUUUAUUUAUUUAUUUAUUUAUUUAUUUAUUUAUUUAUUUUUGCCGAAUCUGACCUGUGCAUAACAUUUACAUUAAUGACAUAACUUUGUCGUUUAAGCUUUUUGAGAAUUAACGUAAACGUUUUGUAUAUGUAAAUGAAGUAUGCUACAGCUAACCAAGAGAACCAAAUUAUCGGAUUAUGUUAACGCAUAAGACAUAGACUCUUAAGACAAUAAGAUGACAUAAUUACUUUAAGAGUUUUACAAAUUUUAUGUUAUUUAGUAUUUGCUUUGCUUUAAAAAUAAAAAAGGAGCGUAUGUUGGAGAGUUAUAGAAUUUCGAGGUCAAAUUCUUUUGCAGAAAGGCUAUCACUUUCGCUAAUUGCAAAUGAUAAUUAAAGAGUAAUCAAAUAAGUGAAAGGUGGGGAUUUUAUUGAGUGCAAGUUUAAUUUCCUGUAGAGUCAACAAGUGUAGAAACUGUUGUAGAGUUCGCAAAAGAUGGAAUAUGGCAAAGUCACAUAUUAUUUUAUUUGAUUGGUUAAUGUCAUAAUAGAUGUGUAAGUUUCUAUCACGUGUAUUGCAUAUGCUAACUGAUUUUGGACAUGACACAAAUAUGAGCAAUUCAAAUAAUAUUUUAGAUUUUCAUAAUAGAAAACAAAGCUCUUUAAAAAACAUAAUGAAAUAUUAAAUAGAGGAAUGCAACAUGAUGAUGGAAAAUGUUCGGUAAUCACGCAAAAUACAACAGAACGAAAAUAAGUAAAUGCUUGAUCAGCAGUGAGAAAGAGAGUAUAAAUUUGUAUGAAAAAUAAGUAGGUGAAUAAAUGUUGGAAAGCUCCAAUUUCUUCGUCGUCGUCACCUUAAUAGAGUAAAAACUGAAUAGAAACCACCAUCUGUAGCUAAGGCCGUGUUCCCAAUAAAAGUUAUCGUUCUAGGUGGAUUUAUUUAUCUCAGUCAUCUACAUCUCGCCAUGCCGCAGUCAAUAUUU